AUGCAGCAGAUGGCCCUGAGGAUUUUCCGCUGCCCGAGUUGCGACAUGGGCUUCCGCUCCAAGCACCUGCUGGACAAGCAUGUGGAGAAGUUCUGCAUUGGCCGUCAGGCAGCAGGCGACUCCUUUGCUCUCAAUGCCAGACACCGGGAGCAGCAGGGCCUGCAAGGGAAGAAGAUGCCCAGGAACACAGAGACUCCAGACCACACGCGGCGGCAGCUGAGUGACCCACAGGUGAGGAGAGUCCGUCUGGGACAGCAGCCACGGGACUUCCUGAGCGACCGCGAGAGGAACCUUCUCGGAGGCUAUGAGCCUAAAGGGAGCCCCUCAGACAGCCGGGCCUUGAGGAAGCUGACUGAGGAGUUCCACAAACUGAGGAUGUCUCUGGAGGACUCUGUCCCUACUCUCCAGCCCUUGAAGCCAGAGGAGGAUGCCAGCCGUCGGAUUUCCCACCGGCAGGGGUACAGGGAGCGGCUGCAGGAGAUAGCAAAGGCGCACGAGCACCAGAUGGCUGAUAUCCAGGCCAGGAACAAGCAUCUGGAGCAGCAGGGAGAGGAAAUCCGCAGGCGCCUGUUGGAGCUGGCAGCCAGCAACUCUUCCAGCGCGCACAUCGAGCAGCUGCUGCUGGAGCUGAAGGCCCAGGAGGCGAAGAACCAGCUGGCGCUGGAUGCUCUGAGAGACCAGAUUGGGCUCAUGCAGGCUGCAGACACGAGAAGCAGAUUGGAGCCAGACAGCCGUACCAACGCAGCCGGGGCCGCGGAGAAGGCGGGCGGGAAGGUCUCCAUCAGUCUCAUCCCAUUCCCUCCGGCUGCCGGGCCCCUCUCCUCGGAAAUCAGAGCCCUGCACCUGGCCUACCUGCAGGGCGGAGGGAGCGACCCUGCCGUUCUGGCACAGAUGUACGACCUGCAGGUGGAGGCCACGGCGCUGGAGAGGGCGGCUGGGAGGCAGGAACACAAGGAGCGGAAGAACAAACACCAGGCUGCCGGCGCUGGCCCCCGGGGCCUGGACGCAGAGCUGCUGGCUGUGGAGCUGGAGAAUCAGCGGCUGGAGGAUGAGCUCUUUAAGCUGAAGAUGCAGAGGGAUAAGAGGAGGGCGGAUGACGUUUCAUACAUGGCCCUGCCCUUCGGUGGAGAGAACGAAGCGGAGGAAGGACUUGCUGGCCAGAGAGUUGCUGCCUCCUCCGUCAAGGAAAGACGGAUGCCAAGAGAUGAGCCUCGCGCUCUGGACAAAGAGCUGGCGGAGCAGCAGCGGGCGCACACGAUGGAGAUGGCUCAGCUGCACGCCGAGGUCGGGAUGCUGAGACGUGAGGCAGAGAGGAUGCAGCCACGACGGGCUGGGAGGAGGUCGCCACCCAUGCUCCCGCCGCCGGUGGCCCCGCCCCUGCCACCUCCCCCGCCCCUGCCUCUGCCAGGCCUGCGGGAGCUCCCCUUCAUGGACCGAAUGGGACCUCAGACCCAUCUCAGCAGACACUUGCUGGACCCUCCCGACGCCCUGGGACCGGCUCCGUAUGACCCAGCGGCCGGCUUUGUGAUAUUCUACGAUUUCCUGCUGGCCUUGGACCCUACCUUCUCCCAGGUUUGCCUGGUGGCUGGGCUUUACCGUAAUGGGCAGGAGAUGGGCAAGCCAACCCCUCUCCCUGUCGCUUACUGCCAAAUGGGCCAGUCCCCACCGUAUGUAGUAGAUGGGCAGAGAGGCAACAGUGCAAUCCUAUCGGCUAAACAGCCGGUGCCAAGAGUCCGGCCCUCAACCUCCAUCGCUCUGGUGAUGGAGCUGCAGGCCUCUGGGGGCUUCGACGCCUACGGGCAGGAGAUCCAGCGCCUGGCCUCCCGGGGAUGGGCCAAAAUCCACCUUUUUGACCAGCUCCACCAGCUGAUCAGCGGGCGAUGGAAGAUUCCGGUGCGGUUGCUUCCGGUGCAGCCGGGCCUCACAACAGAACAGCUGAACGGGAUCCCUCAGGCUGGCAAGACGGAGCUUUACCUUCGGGUGGUGAAUGCGAGAGACGCCGACAUGCAGUCGAUGGCCGAGAUCGACCCUGGCAACGCCGCCAUGUACCAGUACCCUCCCACGGUGUCCAGUCGCACAGCGCCCCCUGCAGGCAGCCUUCCAACCCAACGCCCUUCCCACCCUGCCCCCACCGGCCUGUACCUUUCUGCUCCUCCUUACACUGGCUUUGUUGACCCGCCUCCUAUUCAGGAGCAGCCCGUCCAGCACAAAACUAGUCAAAGGUGA